CAAAUCUUCAACCCCGUCGCCACUUCAACUCUUACCUCCCUCCUCCCCUCGCGAUCGCCCAAAUCCAUCCUCCCCGCCCGCGCCGCCGCGAAUCCCGAGGCGCCCCGAUGCCGGCCGCCGUCGCUGCUGCUGCAGUGGCCGCUGCGUCGGGCGGCGCGCUCCUGCUCUGCCUGCUCCUUAACUGCUGCACGCAGUCGGCGUCGGACGCGGAGAGGGAGAGGGAGGAGGACGAGGCGUCGCCGCUGCUGUCGGGGUCGGGGCCGGGUCCGGGAAGGGAGGCGGGGAGCGGCAGCGAGGAGGAGGAGCCGUGGCCGGACAGGGCGCCCUUGACCUGCUGCGAGGCGACCGCGGUGGCAGCGCGCACGGCGCGGCGCACGUGGGAGCUCACCGUCGGGCGGUGGGGCCUCCACGGGCUCGCCUUCGGGAUCAAGCGCCACAUGAAGCGCCAGGGUAAUUUGCAGCAUGAGUAUAGUGGAAAUGAUUGUCUCCAACUUAAAGGACAUCAGACAUAUACUGAAGUAUCUUCUCUUCUUGAGUACUUGAAGCUUUGCAUGUUCUUCUCAAAGAAAUCUUUUUCAGCAUUUCUGAAGUUUGGUGGGUACAAACAAGACGACAUUCUUAUUCACAAGGCUAGGGCGAGGCUCAUGCAGCCUUCUUUCGCAUUGGUGUGUGACCAAAGAACCAAGUGCUUGCUGCUUUUCAUUCGGGGUGCUAUCAGCACUAAAGAGCGCCUGACUGCAGCAACUGCUGCUGAAGUUCCUUUUCACCAUAUAAUUCUAAGUGAAGGAAAAAUCAGCAAUGUAGUUUUAGGACAUGCACACUGUGGGAUGCUUGCUGGAGCUCGUUGGAUUGCAAAACUUAUUAUUCCCCAUCUUCAUAACAAAAUGCAGGAAUUUUCUGGGUACCACAUAAAGGUCAUUGGACAUUCAAUGGGAGCUGGCAUUGGAGCGAUUCUGACUUAUAUUCUCCGUGAGCAUUAUGAGUUCUUGUCAUGCAGCUGUCUGGCAUUUGCUCCUCCUGCAUGUAUGACAUGGGAGCUGGCGGAGUCAGGCAAGGAUUUCAUCACUUCUCUUGUCAAUAGAAAUGAUGUGGUACCAGCAUUUUCGAAAGUUUCUUCUGAGAGCCUGCGAUCCGAGGUGAUGGUAUCAUCAAAGCUGGAUGAUGUGCAGGAUCACUUUCACCAUGGUCUAUUUGCCAGUAUAAGCCAGCGUGUUGCCUUCAUCAAGUCUCAUAUGCUCUCCAUCUCUAACUCAACAGGGAAGAUUGCAGAUCGUGGCUCUAGUAUUUCUGAGCCUUUGCUGAAAGAUGCUGCAGAUACCAUACCGCCUACAGCAAAUGGACACAGCGUUGAUUGUAGCCAGCAACAAGUUGUUGCCUCUGAAGAAACGGUCGUUCUAGUAGUUAGCAACGACCAUUUCACCAUUGUCAAGCCUGUUGAUUCAGGCCUCGCAUCACAAGAAGGUUCAGACAGCAACGUGGCAUCGGACACUCAACAAUCGCCCCCGCCAACAGGCGAAGGAGAAGAAGAAGCUCCGAACCAGAACGGCCCUGAAAAGGAUAAGCAGAAAGAACCAGUUUCAGCGGGCUGUUCGUCGCGCCAGCUCUUCCCUCCUGGGAGGAUCAUCCACAUGGUUGCGCUGCCCCCGCCGCUGGACCCAAACCCCGGCGACGGCACGAGCAGCUGUGAGAUCAUUGGGAUAUACGAGACGCCGAGGGAUUUGUACGGGAAGAUACGUCUCGCGCCCAACAUGAUUAAAGAACAUUACAUGCCUAGCUAUAUAAGUACGAUGGAAUCGUUGUUGGAACAGCUUCAGAAGGAGGAUGAUGAUGAUACCAGUGUAUGUACCGCAUCAAAUGACCUGUGAAUUAUUGUAGAGAACUCCGUUGUGAAUAUUAGUAAUCCAAUUCUUUCUCGUCAUCUGAUUUCCUCUCACAUUUUUCACCUGAUUAUGUUUUUUCGUGUUGUGAGUUGUGACCGACAAAGUAAUGGUAAAUUUAGUGGUGGGUCAAAGCCGACAGCGUUUCGUUGACCGAGUGACAUGGACGUCGCCUGUCCGUACGCGCGUCUCCGGCUCGUCCUCGCCGCGCUGGCAUGCAUGCCGAGCUUGCGAAUUCCCUGUCGGCCUCACGCUACAAGAGAGCACCUCCAGGCUUCCAUGAAACAAAUUCAGGCGUCCGUCCGUCCGUCCCCUUCCGCUGCAACCCGCAAGCCUGCUGCAUCCCUCGCAAGGAUCGACAUGGCCGCCUCUGGUGGUGGUGCUGCUGCUGCUCUCCGCGGCCUCGUCGUCGUCCUCGCCGUCCUCUCCGUCUCCGUGUGGGGUGCGGAGGCCAAGCUCAACGUCAAGGAGACGUGCUCGUUCACGGCGCACCCGGAGCUGUGCCAGAGUGCCAUGACCAAGCUGGUGGGCCCGGACGACGCGCCGGCGCCGGCGCCGGCGAAGUCGGACUGAGAUCGAUUAGCUCAUGCCUGCACGCAUUCACGAUAUAUAAUAUUGUGCUGUAACUUUGGUGUCGUCCUUGUGAUUGAUCGUCCAGGACGCCGCCGCCAAUGUCCUCAAGAAAUAGCUCUUGAGUGAUUAAUCAACACGUUCAUGUUUCGUCGUGCGA